CUACCAAAACCCUCAGGAGGCAAGACACUAUCAAAUGCUGGAGUAUGGCCCGCCCUGCCUUUCUAUUCCGUGUCACGUAUUUAUUUUCUCAAUGCCCCAGUGUUUGUUUCGCGAAUAUCGCAAAUUCCCUUGUCAAUCGUGACAGAGCAAAGAAUAUAUACGCCGUCUACUUGUUGUUCCAUUUACCCCUCGCGGUGUCAUCUGUCAAAGCUACUCUUCGCCAAUUCCUACCUGAAGGUGCUGUCGCCGCUCUAUCUUCAGUCGAUCACUGGAGGUUCGGCUGGUUGAGUCGCCUCGUGAUGUUAGACACCCAAACCAUUAUUGCAUUGGUGGCCCUUGUCAUUUCCAUGCCACCGACUCUCGCAGUCCUGAUUACUUGGUGGAGGAAGUCUCGGUGACGGUCUUCCUCUGCUUGUCAAGAUGAUGAGCAUUUCGUUGGAACUGAACUAAGCUGCCGUUAUUUUUGUCGUGCGGUUCACUACAGUCGCACCGCGUCCAUCUCUUCAAACUCCAGUGCCAUUCUGACUGUCGAGAUGGUUGCCAUGAACCGAUUUCCUUUGUCGUCUGAAAGCAGCGAUUAACGAGCGUGCGAGAAAUAUUGUAUAACUCGAGAUCAGAGCUUGUAUGUUUUCUUGUUCUCAUAUCGACGGCCACUACGCAAGCUAGUUACAAGGUCCACAUGGAGUGAGCGAUUACGAUAAAUUAA